CUUACAAGCACGUCGUUUAUUAAUUUUUUUAAACGAUUGCCAAGCUUAUUUCGAUUGAAAAUUUUGUUCUUUUUCUUAACAGUUAUCUUAAAUUAUAUUAUUUAAACAUUUUAACGGUUUUGCCUAACGUUUCAGCUGUGGAAGAAAUAUCAUUACGCUUACAACGUGCGGGGCGCAGCCAGCGUCAGCAACGGAACAAACACUUUGGGGCUCGCACGGUUUGACUGCACAUUUUUAAUUUUUAAAUAGCUCAUUCUUUCUGCUACACGAUGCCGGAGAGUGAAUCGUAUGGAUUGAAAGAAUUGUUGAAAAAACGUAGUACAAUAAAAGGUCGAUUGACUAAAUUUAAAGAGUAUUUAACCGUUUUAUCUCAAAUUAAGCCUGUGGAUUUGACUACUUUACAAAUUAAAGAAGUUACUUUAAGAUUGGCAAAAUUUCAAGAAUUGUUUUCAUCAUUUGAUAAUUUACAGAGUCAAAUUGAAUUGUUAAGCGUUGAUGAUGAUGAACAGCUUAAAGAAAGGGACCUAUUAGAGAAUCAAUUUUAUUCUUCUAUUUCAACUGCACAAGAUAUCCUUGACGCAAUUCCAGUUACUAAAGAGCGUUUCGAUGGGUCCAUGGCUUCUGCUGUUUCAGGUAGUUGUUCUCACGCUAUUAACACUGUUAAGUUACCUACAAUUAAAUUACCUACCUUUGACGGAAACUACCUCAAAUGGCUGGAAUUCAGGGAUACCUUCGACUCGUUGAUUAAUUCCAAUGAUUCUAUACCUACUAUAAAUAAAUUCCAUUAUUUACGAUCAGCUUUAGAAGGAAGUGCUACUGUUGUAAUAAAAUCAAUAGAGUUUACUACGGCGAAUUACAAGGUUGCGUGGGAUUUAUUAUGUGAAAGAUAUAACAAUAAAAAUAUAUUAAUUAAUAAUCACCUAAAGGCGUUGUAUCACAUUGAACCUAUUACUCGAGAGUCUUUUAAAGCCCUACGUUACCUUAUAGAUCAAGUGUCAAAGAAUUUAAGGGCACUCGGUACUUUAGGCUUGCCAACGGAGCAAUGGGAUGUUUUGGUUGUGUUUAUGAUGUCAUCUAAGUUAGACGUUACAACUAAUAGAAAGUGGGAGGAGCACAAAAACAGUCUUACCACAUUGCCUACUUUAAAUGAUUUUAAUACGUUUUUGAGAAAUCGCGCUGAUGUCUUGGAAACAACUCAAAGUACCCGGUGCGAUAGGCCUGAUAACAAGUCACAUUUCAAAUCACAACAUUCUUCUAAGUCUUUAGUAGCCGCAAGUACUAGUACUGUAGCUCAAAAACGUAUAUGUAGUAUUUGUAAAAACGAUCAUCGUGUUUACCUAUGUCCUACAUUUUUAGAAAUGAGCUUAAAAGAGAGACAAGAUAAAACUGAUAAGUUGAAAUUAUGUGCAAAUUGUCUUCGCGAAGGGCAUAAUGUAAACCGAUGUCGUUUAAAGGGAUGCUGUCGCUCGUGUAAAGGUAAACAUAAUAGUCUACUUCACAUAGAACAAGAAAAUGUUUUAACCUCUGCGCCUGUCUCAUUGGCAGUGUCUAGCACUAAACAAGUUUUAUUGUGUACUGCUGUUGUUGAUAUAGUUAACCCACAAAAUAAUGUGUGUAAACCAGCUCGGAUCUUAUUAGACACUGGGAGCCAGUCAUGCUUUAUAACAAAUGCUCUAAAAAAUAAAUUAGAUCUUUCUAUUAAUAAAAUAAACUCCGUCAACGUAUCUGGCAUAAAUAAUAUAGGCUUCAAUAUUUCUGAGCGCUGUCAUAUUCAAUUGAAUUCUCGAGUAAGCUCUUUCACGACUAAGCUAGACUGUUUAGUUGUUCCUAACAUUACUGGGACUGUACCUAGUAAAGAAAUUAAGUUGCAUAACUUAAAAUUGCCAUUAAAUAUUACGCUUGCUGACCCCGAAUUUUAUGAACCGUCUGAAAUUGACAUACUUAUAGGGGCAGACGUCUUCUGGGAUAUAAUAGGUAGCCAGCAGAUAAAAUUAGGUCCAUGCCUGCCAACAUUGCAAGACUCUAAACUAGGGUGGCUUAUAUCUGGUCCGGUAGGUGUUGCUUGUUCCAAAGGCAAAGUUAUAUGCAAUUUCACACAAUCGGAUUUACAUGAAACAAUGAAGAAGUUUUGGGAGGUGGAAGAAUUACCCGCAUCUAGUAAAAAUAAUUCACUCUCACUGGAGGAACAGUUAUGUGAAACUCACUUUAUUCAAAAUACUACUAGAUUAAGCAGUGGUAGAUUUUCAGUUAAAAUGCCUUUUAAAGAGUCUCCUGAACACUCUUUAGGUGAAUCAUUUUACAGUGCAAGGGGUAGAUUUUUUAAUUUAGAGAAAAAACUUUAUAAAAAUGAACGUACUAAAAAACAUUACUCAGACUUCAUAAAAGUUUUUACAGUAAAUGAAGGGAAAAUAGACACAAAGGGUUGUUCGUUGAUUGACUUUAAUGAAUACUCACGAUUUGAUAAAUUGAAAAGAAUAAUUCUGAAGGAAUUCUUCGAGUAG